AUUUGCUCCCUCUGAGUAGCCGAUCAUCCUCUCCGAAUCCCCGAGAGCGGCUAUAUCCACCUUCAUCCUUUUCUCUCUCGUUUCCCUUCUCUCCAGCUCCCAAGACAUCCUCCGAGCACAAACCUCUCGAGUCUGCCCAACAUGUCCGGCGAAGCGUGGCUCUACCUGUUGGCGGUGUUGAUCAACGCCGUCAACCUGUUUCUGCAGGUGUUCUUCACGAUUAUGUAUAGCGAUCUGGAAUGUGACUACAUCAACCCUAUCGACCUCUGCAACCGUCUCAACGCCUACAUCAUCCCCGAAGCUGCCGUCCAUGCCUUCCUUACUUUCUUGUUCGUCAUCAAUGGCUACUGGCUUGCGAUCUUGUUGAACCUGCCUCUGUUGGCGUUCAAUGCCAAGAAGAUUUACGAUAAUGCGCACCUUUUGGAUGCGACCGAGAUCUUCCGCAAGCUCAACGUACACAAGAAGGAAUCUUUCAUCAAACUGGGUUUCCACCUUUUGAUGUUUUUCUUCUACUUGUACAGCAUGAUCGUUGCCUUGAUCCGCGACGAGUCUCAUUGA